AUGGAUGAACCAAUCGCCGUCAUUGGCCUUGAUGCCCGGUUCCCUGGAGAUGGCGACACUGCGGAGAGGUUCUACGAGUUCCUCCUCGCCGGCCGCUCUGCUCACACGGACAUACCGCCAGAGCGAUACAAUGCGGAGGCCUUCUAUCAUCCUGACACCAACAGACCCGGCACGACUAGAGUUCGUAGCGGGCACUUUCUGAAAGACAGCAUAUCCGCAUUUGAUGCUCCCUUCUUCUCCAUCACUCCCGCUGAGGCGAGGAGCAUGGAUCCUCAGCAAAGAGGGAUUCUCGAGUCAGUAUACAAGGCACUUGAAAAUGCUGGCAUUUCGUUGCAUCAAGCCGCCGGCUCACAAACUGGUGUGUACGUCGGCUGCAUGUACUCUGACUACGAGCGAAUGACUGUCAAGGACAUCGACGUUCCUUCGAAAUACGCUGCGCUUGGGACGGUCUACAGUAUGCUGAGCAACAGAGUCUCGUGGUGCUUUGAUCUCAGAGGUCCAAGCAUGACAAUAGAUACUGCUUGCUCAAGUAGUUUGAUCGCGUUGCACCAGGCAUGCAAUUCAUUAAAGUUGCGGGAGGCAAGCAUGGCAAUUGUUGGAGGCUGCAACCUUAUCCUGUCGCAGGAGUUCCCUCUGCUCCUGGAUACAGCCGGUGUUUUGGGUCCAGAUGGUAUCUCCUACAGUUUUGACUCGAGAGGCAACGGAUAUUCUCGCGGCGAGGGCUUCGGCACUGUAGUCCUGAAGAGAGUCUCGGACGCUAUUCGUGAUGGUGAUGUUAUCCGUGCCGUCAUCCGCAACACAGGCUCCAACCAAGAUGGCAAAUCUCCCGGUAUCACAUCACCUACAAAGGCUGCUCAAGCCGAGCUCAUCCGACAAACAUAUGCUCGCGCAGGACUAGAUCCUUCUGUGACUCGUUUCUUCGAAGCGCAUGGUACAGGAACUGCUGUCGGUGAUCCGAUAGAAGCUAGUGCGAUCAGCGACGUGUUCACACAACAUAGAUCCGCGGAUCAACCACUCUACAUCGGAGCGCUGAAGAGUAACAUCGGACAUACUGAGGGAGCCGCUGGCGUUGCAGCUAUCAUCAAAGGUGUUUUCACCCUAGAGCGUGGUGUUAUUCCUGCCAACACAUGGUUUGAGAAAAGAAACCCACGAAUACAAGACUCUUGGAACCUAGCAUUUCCAACCCAGGCCACCGAGUGGCCGCAGUCAGGACUACGACGGAUGUCCAUCAACUCGUUUGGCGUGGGCGGUACAAACGCCCACGUAAUCAUGGACGAUGCCCUGCAUUUUCUUAAGCAUCAUCGUCUACUCGGACUUCAUCGAACCCUGCCGAAGAACAUCCUGCCAAUCAGCGUCCGAGGGGAUGUGUCUCCAACUCUCAGCUCGUCUAGACAUCAGCACACUGAUUCCGGUGUUGUCUCAGACUAUGAGCCCUCGACAGACAACGAAGAUGGGGCUAGCGCUGCUGAGAUCGCUGCCAUCUCUGAAGUGAAGCCUCGGAACGAGCAUACUGCUGGCAAGCAAAAAGAAGCAGCAGGUCAAGUACAGGAGACUGUGAGCUCCACACAUACAGAGUCAAUUUCGUUGCCCGAGUCUCUCUUCUCUCAUUCGCGCCUAUUCCUUCUUUCUUCCUACGACCAGAGCGGAAUUGCGCGACUCGGAGAACAGUACCGUCAGUGCUUUGCGCAAAGUUCCAGCAAGAAACGCGAAUUGUCAACCGAUGCGCAGUUCCUCCGAGAUUUGAGCUAUACCCUCUCGCACAAGAGAACUCAGUAUGGGUGGAGGUCGUUCUGCCUGGCUAAGAGUGUUUCCGACUUGGGCGCAUCAAUUGGCGAGAAGCCUGCUACUCGAGCGGUUCCCGAACCUCGACUUGCAUUCAUCUUCACAGGACAGGGAGCACAGUGGGCAACGAUGGGUAGGGAGCUCAUGGUGUAUCCAGCCUUCCAGGCGAGCUUGUAUGCUGCCGACACAUAUUUGAACGAUAUUGGCUGUUCAUGGUCUCUGACUUACGAGCUUUCCAAAGACGCCGAGUCCUCUCGAGUCAACGCUGCCGAGUUCUCACAGCCGUUGUGCACUGCUUUGCAAGUAGCACUCGUCGAUCUAUUGAAAACCUGGGGUGUAAAGCCCCAUGCUGUCGCAGGACACUCUUCCGGCGAGAUUGCCGCCGCAUAUGCUGCAAGGCAGAUCAGUCGAGAGUCUGCAUGGCGCAUCUCCUUCUAUCGAGGCAAACUGUCUGCCCAGUUAGCAUCGGACGGUACACAGCCAAAGACGGGCAUGGCGGCUGUCGGUGCCGAUAAGCCCACCACCUUGCGUUAUAUCCAGAGCAUCAACAACACCAUUAGUGAUGGAGCCUUGGAAAUCGCUUGUGAGAACAGCCCUGACAGCUUCACCGUCAGUGGAGACAUGACAAAGAUCGACGCUCUAGUCGAACUGGUCAAGCAGGACAAUGCAUUUGCGCGCAAGCUCAACGUUGAGCUGGCCUAUCACUCUCGCUACAUGAAGCCAAUGUCUGAAGAUUACCUACGGUUCAUGGGGGAUGUCAAGUCUGAUGCGCCCCUGUCACCCGAGGACAUCGUUUUGGCUUCGUCACUUCAUGGAAAAAUCAUCAGCCCCUCUGAUCUACAGAGCCCCUCUUACUGGGUGGAGAAUCUGGUAUCUCCUGUCCGAUUUGACAGCGCUGUCACGGCCCUCCUAUCGCGACGCCCCUCUGCCAAGAUGGGGCAACCGCAAGGCAUCAGUGACAUCCUGGAGAUCGGUCCCCACAGUGCUCUGAAGGGCCCUCUUCGAAGCAUAGCUGCGAAAGUACCUGAUGGCGACAAGAUCCGUUACCACUCUGUCCUUCUCCGGCGCGAGUCGGCCGUUGACACCGCGCUUGAGGCAGCUGGCUCGUUGUGGUCCCGCGGCUUCAACGUCGAUAUCUCGGAGGUUAAUCAGUACAACAUGGCCAGCCCAGAUCGCCCUGUCAUGCUGACAGACCUUCCGUCAUAUGCCUUCAACCACUCUACUGAGUAUUGGGCCGAGUCGCGGAUCAGCCGCAACGCCCGCCUCAGGUCUAAGUCUCGCCAUGAGCUGCUCGGAGCGCCAGUCCCUGACUGGAAUGAACACAAUGCGACAUGGAGGAAUUACAUUCGCCUGUCCGAGAACCCUUGGAUCCAGGAUCACAAAGUCGCUGGCGAGUCAUUGUAUCCUGCUGCAGGCAUGCUCGUCAUGGCGAUCGAAGCUAGUCGUCAGCUAGCUGAUCAAAGCAAGGUUCUGCGUGGCUUCAGAUUCAAGAACGUCUCGUUCCAUCUGGCUUUGAGGGUCCCCGAAGAUGACUUAGGCAUCGAGUCCCAUUUCUACCUUCGCCCUUAUCGCGACUUAAACGAAAACGCUACUACAGAAUGGAAGGAAUUCCAGCUUUGGACUUGCGAAAAUGAUGUGUGGAGGGAACACUGUCACGGUCUCGUACAGACUGAGUACGAGGAUUCGCCGAAAGACCUUUCCACUGCCUCACUACUUGAAUCCGCACAACAAAAGAUCAAGGAUCGUAACGGACAAAAAGUUUCAGUCGACAAGAUCUACAAGUCUUUCGCACGAGUCGGUCUUGACUUUGGGCCGACCUUCCGAACCUUGCAAAAUGCACGAGUUUCAUCGACAGGAGACAUCUUGGCCACCGUGGACAACAAGGUUGAUCUAAUCAGAAGCAGCAUGCCCAAGCAAUAUCUACAACCACAUCUGGUCCAUCCAAGCACCUUGGAUGGAGUCAUACAAGCCAAUUUAGCCCCGUUAGUCUUGGCAUCUAAAGCAUCUCGCCAGACCAUCGUUCCCGUGUUUGCUCAAGGGCUCUGGGUGGCAGCAAGUCAAGACCUGAUUCAUGACUCCUACAUUGUAUCCUCACAUUGCGAAAGCCGUGAUGAGGCAGGCGCAGAAACCUCGUUCACAGCUCUCCAGGUCGGGUCAGACCGUCUAAUGGCUUACUCAUCCGGCGUCAGGUUUCAGGUCCUUCCCGAUGCCUCGACUGAAGAAGAGACUCAGCCCAUCACGCAUUCCCUCAAUCUUGCCUGGAAAGGAGAUCCCACCUACCUUGAUGAAGAAGCCGCGGCAGCGUAUUUCUCCGUUCCUCUUGACGACAAGGACCAUCCUUCAAGAUGGUCAGUCGACUGCGAUGCCCUUUCUUUGCUCUACAUGCGUCAAUUCCUUGAUGCAACACCUGAAUCCAGCAUCGAGAAGAUGGAAUGGUUCCACAAGCGUUACGUCGCCUGGAUGAGACAUAUUGUUGCGCGGACCACUUCGAAGAUCGUUGACACUGAUAUUUCAGAUGUUGAGGAGCGCGUCAGGACUGCCGGCACCCCUGAGGGCAGAUUGACUAUUGCUGUAGGCCAAGCGCUUAAUGGGAUGCUACUUGGAGAUCUGAAUCCCUUGGAUGUUGUCUUCGAGAACAAGCUUGCUGAGAAUGUCUACCGCCACGGCGUGGGCGCUCAGCGCUGCUACCUCCAGAUGUGCAACUACAUCGAUUCUUUGGCUCACAAGAACCCCAAAAUGCGAAUCCUUGAAGUCGGUGCGGGGACUGGCGGAGCAACAGUGCCAGCUAUGAAGACACUCACGAAGCUUGGUCGACGAUUCGACCACUACGACUUCACAGACAUCUCUCCUUCUUUCUUUGAAUAUGCGAAGGAAUCAUUCAAAGACCAGGUCGAGAAUAUGAGCUUCCGAGUUCUCAACAUUGAGAGCAAGCCCACAGAGCAAGGUUUCGAGGCCGGUGCAUACGAUCUAAUUCUUGCUGCAAAUGUCCUUCACGCUACCAAGGACAUGGACAACACGCUAUCUAACGUCAGAUCGCUGUUGAAGCCUGGGGGCAAGCUUAUAAUAUUUGAGCUCACAAAUGUCGACAGUCUUUUGGGUGGCUUCUGCUUCGGUGUGCUCUCUGGCUGGUGGCUGUCUGUUGACCCGGACAGAGAGUGGGGACCAUUGAUGACUGCCGAGUCCUGGAAGAAGCAUCUCCAAAAUGUCGGCUUCUCAGGACUUGACGCGGUAUUCAAUGACUUCCCUGAUGCCGCGGAUCAAGUCAGCUCUAUCAUGGUAUCCGGGGUACCCAAUGAGGCUCAACCACGUUCAUCGAGCCCAGUGACAUAUAUCAUCGCAGACUCGACCUCAACUCUGCAACAGAGCGUUGCAGGCCAGAUCUCGUCAGCCAUCACAGAGCAGGGCCCAAUUGAGCAGGUCACGCUCGACUAUCUGCGGGAGAAGGAUCUGCAAAAGGCGACCUGUAUUAUGCUCACUGAACUUGACCGCCCGUUGCUGAAGAAUCUGACCGAAGAGACUCUCCCAAUCAUGCAGAAGGUCAUCAGAGACUGCAGGGAGGUCUUCUGGGUAACCCAGGGUGGCGAGGAUCUCGUUCCAUCUCCGGACGUAGAGCUUGUGACAGGCUUUGCAAGGAGCAUCAGGGAAGAACGACCCGACCUUCAUGUUGUCACUGUGUCGUUCGAUAAGGAUGUCCCAGCAGACGGCAUCAGCCGAAGCUGUGUUAAGCUGCUGCAGGCUGUACGCAUCGGGGAGACUGACAACACGUUCCGGGUCAAUGGCAGCACGAUCCUUGUCCCUCGCCUUGUGCAAGCAGACUACAUGACACAGCACAUGUUGGCUCAGGCGACUCAAUCCAGCUCAAGUGAGGAGGGGUUGUGCCGAUUCGACCCUGAUGCAUCAUACGUCAUUGCUGGAGGUUUCGGAGGCCUUGGAAAAUCCACUGCCCUCUGGAUGGCAUCGAGAGGAGCCAAGAACUUGAUCCUCCUGUCCCGGUCCGGACCACGCGAUGAAGCUGCUCGGGAGGUCCUUGACGAUCUUGAGCGUGUCUGUGACAGGGUGGCAGCACCACCAUGUGACAUCACAGAUCUCAAUGCCUUGAAGACGGCGAUCACCGAAUGCUUGUCAACUCUGCCGCCCAUCAAGGGCUGCAUCCAAGGGUCCAUGGUACUGAGGGACAACGCUUUCACGAGCAUGACAUUUGAAGAAUGGGACACUGGCGUUCGAGCCAAGGUGCAAGGUUCAGAGAACUUGCACGAGGUUCUCGGAAGAGAUCUUGAUUUUUUCAUAUUGCUGUCUUCGACUGUAGCUCUGACCGGCAACCCUGGCCAGUCAAACUAUGGCGCGGCAAACACAUUCCUCGAUGCUUUCGCUCGAAAAUUAGUGUCACGGGGCGAGCAAGUCGUGGCACUGAACCUUCCUGUCAUCUCAGACAUUGGUUUCGUGGCUGAGAAGGCGGCUCUGCUAGACGAGCUACUUUCCAAGGGAUGGUCGCACCUUGAGGAAGACGAAGUACAUGCCGUCCUUGACUAUCAUUGCCGGCCUCGAGAAGAAGGGACACCGCUCAUCUAUUCUCAAGUUGUUCCUCGCCUGUGGCUGCCACAAGACACUGCUUUUGAAGGAGCCGAAAUGCCACCGUGGGCAAGCGACAAACUCUUCAGCCACAUCUGGCCUAGGACCAUCACCACCUCAGCAAGCAACAAGGAGGAAGGCAGGACAGAUGUCCAAUUGUCUUCGCUGCUAACCGGCGUAUCCUCCCUGGCAGAAGCUGAGAAGAUUGUGCUCGACGCGCUGUUGCUCAAGCUAUCGCGAGUUCUCAGUGUCGAGCUGUCCAACCUGGACCCAGCAAAGGCAAUGCACGCCUAUGGUGUCGACUCGCUCGUUGCUGUAGGUCUGCGCGCUUGGUUCGCAAAGGAAGUCCGCGCAGAACUCUCAGUGUUUGAGAUGAACGACAAGCCAAGCAUUUAUGCGCUAGCCAGCACCGCAGCUGAGAGAAGCAAACUGCUUCCAGCCCUUCCCACCAACGAGUGA